GCUGAUACACAAGAUGCUACGAUGUUUUAACUAGAGUGGCUCUUGGAGCUGCUCUAAUUAAAGCGCUGUCGCCCCUCAGAGCAUGUGCAAAAGUGCCCCUUGGGACCAGGCAGAUUCCUGUGAAAAAUAAUCCUCUCGCAAGUUAUGACUAGUUGACCCAACUGUACUACUGGUUUGUGGAGAUGGCCUCUGAGUCUCCUAUGACUUCACUAUAAAGCUGAAAGUUCAAAAUGUCAGAGCCAAACCUCACAGAUUAGACUUCUUGCCAUAAUGAGCUGUAGGAAGAACUUCCACCUCUGAAUGCCCCCCACCCUCUCUGUUCCUUCAGAAUCAGGUCCAAAUCUGUAUCUGAAGUUGUUAAGAAAUAAAGGAAAGGCAAAACUCCAGUAGAAAAGCUCAGGACUUUCUACACUAGUAACUCCCCCCCCCGGACACGCAUCAACACUGCCAUACUUUCCCCAGUAUUUCCUUAACAGAGAAUUUAGGAGAAAAAGCAUUUUGUUAAUAAUUUAAAUAGUUUAGACAUAGUGAAGGCAUGAACUAAGGAUUCAGGCCCUGUUUUUAAGCUCUUAAUAGGAUACAUACAGCUGCUGCCUGUGGGGUCAUGUUUAUAUUGCAAUUGAAACAACUGCACCAUCUACUGGGCAGUCAGGCUAUGUGUUUUCCAUGUAGCAGCAAAAGAAAAAGGAACAUGCAUUGAAUUUUGUGUAUGGUUUCUGGUAGAAUAUUAAUGCUCUUCUUUUCUGAUUGCUGCAGCCAGAGUCUCUGAGUGUCUCACUACCUCUUAGAUACAACCUGCUCUAAAUAAUUGCAGGCCAGUGCAAAAGACAUGAUUGCUUGCUGCUAACAUAGAAGAAAAACUGACAGAGUAACAGCAUCUAGACUGGAAAGGACCCAGAAUCAUCAGAAUUUAUAAGGCACAGAGGGGCAAAAAAAUAAACUUAAUGCUUCUCGGGAAAUGGAGCCAGUAGAGCUUCCCAACUGCCACCUCAUUAAAGGAAUUGAAGCUGGUGCAGAAGAUAUUGAUAUUCUUCCUAACGGUCUGGUUUUCAUUAGCUCCGGUUUAAAAUAUCCAGGAGUUAAAAGCUUUGCACCAGACAAGCCAGGUGAAAUACUGCUGAUGGAUUUGAAUGAAAAAAACCCAAAAGCAAGAGAAUUGAGAAUCAGCCGUGGAUUUGAUUUGGCAUCAUUUAACCCUCAUGGGAUCAGCACAUAUAUUGAUAAAGAUGAUUCAGUGUACCUAUAUGUGGUGAAUCAUCCACAUCAAAAGAGCACAGUAGAGGUGUUUACAUUUGUAGAAGAUGAUAAUUCUCUCAAACAUCUGAAAACUAUCAAACAUGAUCUUCUGCCUAGUGUGAAUGAUCUUCUGGCUGUGGGACCUGACGGUUUCUAUGCUACCAAUGACCACUAUUUCUUUGAUUCUGUAUUGAUGUUCCUGGAGAUGUUCUUGGGCUUAACUUGGUCAAAUGUUGUUUACUACAGCCCAACAGAAGUUAAAGAGGUAGCAGGAGGAUUUUAUUCAGCCAAUGGAAUCAACAUGUCACCUGAUGAGAAGUAUAUCUAUAUUGCUGAUCUGUUGGGUCAUAAUAUUCACGUUAUGGAAAAACAUGCUAAUUGGAAUUUAACUCAAGUGAAGGUGCUGCAGUUGGACACACUUAUUGAUAACUUAUUUCUUGAUCAUUCUACUGGAGAUAUUUGGGCAGGGUGUCAUCCCAAUGGUAUGAAGGUGUUUUUGUAUGAUCCUGAGAAUCCUCCUGGUUCUGAGGUUCUCCGCAUCCAGAACAUUUUGUCUGAGAAGCCUCUGGUGUCCCGAGUAUAUGCUGAGAAUGGGUCUGUGCUUCAGGGAAGUUCUGUUGCAGCCGUGCAUGAUGGGAAGUUACUCAUAGGCACAGUCUUCCACAAGGCUCUCUACUGUGAGCUAUAGUUUGCUCUGGACAGACUUUUGUUAGAGGGGAGAGUUCAAUUUGACAUAAACUUUUGCACACGUCUUCUAAAUUUGAUAAAUCUAAGAUGUUACAAUAAAGGUUUAACCAGGGUCACAAAAUGUAUUCCUUGCCUUCCUCUCCAAAAGGUAAUAACAUACAAGAACUACUCAAUAGUGAUAGGAAAUGGGAUUUAAAGAUGAAAGUGGUGGGCUUUGGGCUUUCUUGACCUGCAAAGGUUUCAUGCCAUUAUCAGUAUAGGCAAAUGUAGAUUAAAAUGGGUGAAGCAUUCUUUGGGCCUGCUGUUAUCAACUGUGAUCAGAAUUUAGAAGUCUGUUUCCUUCCCAGUGCUGGGAAGGUUAAUCUUCUCAGUGCUUAAAAUAAUACAAGGAGUGCUGAACAACCAGGUGUCUUAGUGUGUGGGUGCCUUUUGAGCAUUAAUUCAAAAUACUUUUGAAGAUAUUUUUGAAUUUCCUGUCCAUUUUCUCCAGGCUUCAGAAAUUAUUUAUAGGGGGACAGGGGCCACGUCUUCAUUUCUCUUCUUUCCUGAUUAGUCCCUUUUUUUAAAGGCAUUUCUAGCAUUUUUGUCACACUUCUCCUUUUCAUGAACUUGUUUGACAUUUACUCUGUCUUUUGUAGGAGAUUAUAAUAUGGGGUUUUUGAAUGUAGCCUUCAGAAAUGAGUUCAGAAUAUCUCUUUCUGGAAAGGCAUCAGCUUUUCCUCUUAUGUGAAAAGUGCCUUGGAGGCUACAUUAUUCCUUUUUUCAGCAAAACGCAGGAUUUUGAAGGCUUUUCUGCAAAAACUACCUCUGGAUCUAAGUAUAGUUUGUAUUCUGUGUGCGAUUGAUUUUUUUUCAACCUCUAUAAAUUGUACCUGUCUAGCUUUUAUGCUGUCGAAACCAGUUAGUCAAUUAUUGGAUGGAGUUUGCUUACUCAUGGUGUGUCAUGAGGCAGUUAUGAAUGGUAAUGUUGUAAUAUGCAUUGCAGAAAGACUUGUCUACAUUUCCAUGAAGUGCCAUUUUAGAGCAAUGCUUAAAUAACAUGCUUCCAAUAAAAGGGAUGAAAAAUG